AUGGGAAUGGGCGUCGUCUAUCUUAAAGCGAGCAUUCAUCAAACUAGACCUGUUCAAGUCGUUUCAGCUGCCAAGGCUGAUUCUCGUUCUGGUCUGCACAGCAUUCUUGUUCUGUCGUUGACUGUUAGUUUAAAUUUAACCAAUUGGUUCAUGACUACCUCUCAUCAUUAUCUUGUCAGAAUGCAAACUCCAUUGCGAGCUUCCUACAGCUCAACUGCUGCGCUGCGCUGCACUGCUUCCCCUCCUCCUCCUUCUCCUCCUCCUUCUCCUCUUCCUCUCCUCUCCUCUCCUCCCCCUGUCCACUCUCCUCCUCUCCCCCCUCCAUCCCUCUCGUACCCGUUAUCAUGGCUCGCUAAGCAACGGUAG